GUAACUACUGUGUGAUUGAAAUCCAAUUCCAUUUCAAACGAGAACAUAAGAUAAGGUGGUUUGUAUACUGAAAUUCGAAGUAGUAAUACUGUAGCCUACUUCCAAAGAAUAACAGCAGGAUGUCAGUAUUUACUUUGGCUUUGCAUUAGUUAAGUGGAACGUUUCGUUUUCAGACUCGAUAACUGGAACGAAAACCGUUGACUUUCUUCUGAGUUUAUACCCCCUAGGAACUGCAUUUUGUUUCUAAGCUAUCAUGUAAUCAGAGGGGUUCAGUAAAGAUAAGGGACACUUUCCGCCAACAUGUCCCUAUGAGUGUGUGUAACACGUCGUUGAUGGGGUCAUGUUUCGAGUGCCUGUCGUCGUGGUAACGUUAGUGGUCAAACAUACUACACGAUAAAGAGCAUUUAGGAUCAGUUGUACUUGCACCUCUAGAGCGAAGAACCUAGAUGGCAAUCUAGAUCAAGAGCCUAGGGCAAAAGGAAGGCAGGGUCAAAUAUUUGAAGGAAGAGAAAUGUUGAAACGGAAUCAGGGCACAGAACCAUUGCAGAACAGGUCAAGAGCGCGAAAACGGAGGGUUGUGAUGAGUUUUUGUCUGGUUAACUGGCGUUUAUAACUGUGUUAAAUGUCAUAUGAUCUUAGUGUGCCAUUGCGGUGUGAUGUUCUCGUGUCUCGAGUGAAUAAAAAUGUAGACGAAAGGAUUUUGUGAAUUAGUGCUGUCCACUUGCAACAGAGACUUCUGAAGGAAGAAAAGUGAAUCGCAAAAACUCUCGGGGAUACAUUGACUUAAAAACUUAAUUCGAUCAAUCAAAGUCCGAUUACUCAAUCUACGUCAACACAACACAAAUUACAUAGCACCUCUCACACAUUUUGUUUGCACAAGUGAGCUUGAAAGAGACUCUACUCAAAAUUUGUUACUUUAAAUUGAAUUAUCACUAAUUAAACACGGAUGUCGCCAACACUAUGGAUUAUCACUUCUGGUCCGUCAGUCGUUUGCCAUUAGACGGAGUUACUGUUAUUUUUACAUUUACUUGUCCAAUCACACAAUUGUCUCAAUUAUUUGAUGCACCACCGCCAUCGUUAUGUCACACUCUUACGUCGAUUUCACCUGCCUAGUCGCAGCCGUAGCCGUUUUUGUUUUCUGGAUCGGAUACUGGUUCGUCCAUGCUCUAGCAAUUGCUUAUGGAAAAUGGAAGUUGCAUCACAAGAGCUGCAAGCUACCAAUGGAAACACCAUAUCCGGCCGUUUCUAUCCUGAAGCCGCUCACUGGAGUUGAUGUUAAUUUGUUUAGUAAUCUCGAAACGUUUUUUACAAUGGAGUAUCCGGUGUACGAAUUACUUUUUUGUAUCAGUGACGAAAGCGACCCGUCAUUGAUGUUGGUCAAAAAGUUAAUAGAGAAAUACCCCAAAGUAGACGCCCGAAUUUUUGUUGGUGGCGAAAAAGUAGGCAUCAAUCCCAAAAUAAACAAUAUUCAGCUUGGUUAUGCUUCUGCCAAAUACGAAUUAUUUAUGAUCUCAGAUGCUGGUGUUCGUAUGAAAGAAGACACGCUUCUUGAUAUGGUACAACAUUUGAAAGAAGAUGUUGGAUUAAUUCACCAAAUGCCAUUCGUAUGUGACCGCGACGGGUUCCCAGCCGUCUUAGAGAAAAUUUAUUUUGGAACAGCCCAUGCUCGAAUCUAUUUGGCAGCUGAUUUCGCAGGAGUUAAUUGUGCUACGGGUAUGUCGGCUUUGAUGCGAAAGAAGCUGAUUGACGACGCCGGUGGUCUUAAAGCAUUUGGAUGCUAUUUGGCCGAAGACUUCUUUCUGGCCAAGGCUAUUAAAGACCGUGGCUGGAAAAUUGGCAUUUGCAGCCAACCUGCGUGGCAGAAUCCCGGCGUCUGCCACAUACCCACUUUCCAGAAACGAAUCAUUCGUUGGGCAAAACUGAGAAUUGCAAUGGUUCCCAGCACAAUUGUCUUUGAACCGCUUUCAGAGUGCAUGAUGCUUGGUAUCUUAGCUGCAUGGUCCAUUUAUUGGCUGUUUGAAUGUGAUCCACUUGCAGUCUAUUUAUUGCACGUUCUUUUUUGGUUUUUGCUAGAUUGGAUUCUUCUUUCUAUUGUACAAAAUGGGCCGCUACCCUUCAGCAAGUUUGAAUUUGUGCUAGGAUGGUUUCUGCGAGAGCUGAGCGCACCUUUUCUGUUCCUCAAUGCUCUGCUUCGACCAGCCAUCCGCUGGAAAGCAGGAGUUUACCGCCUCAAGUGGGGAGGAGUUGUUGAGGAGAUAAACCCUACUGUGAAACAGUGACAAGUUUUCCGUAUGACUUAUGCGAUUUAUAUCGCGAGCGAUAACAAACAGGGAACAAUGAAAAUCUUGUUUUUCAGUGUAUUGAUCAGUUUGAUCACAAAGAUAGUCGUACAGAAAGUUAUGCGUCAUCAUUUUGCAUUGAUAUCAGAGUUGUGACAAUGAGUCAGAGUUAUGACUCUUCGUGACCAAAUAGCGUACAUGCAGUUUGUAAAAGAUAAAGAGAGUAUCAAUUUUAAACGUGAGUCAUCAAUUACAUGAAAUAUAUGUCUAUAUAUUGUU